GUAUAAUCCACCAGAUGAAGGGGGAGUACGAUGCAGCGUUGAAGCUCCACAAGGCCCACCUGUGUUUGGUCCAGGAGCUGGGGGACUAUGCUGCUCAGGGCAGGGCCUAUGGGAACAUGGGAAAUGCCUACAACGCUCUGAGGAUGUACGACCAAGCUGUACGCUACCACAGGCAAGAACUGCACAUAUCACUCGAGGUGAGGAUGCACACUUGAACACACACACGUGAACACACACACACAGAGCACUUUGGGGACAUACAGUGCCUUGCAAAAGUAUUCAUCCCCCUUGGAGUUUUUCCUAUUUUGUUGCAUUACAACCUGUAGUUUAAAUUUACUUUUAUUUGGAUUUCAUGUAAUGGACAUACACAAAAUAGUCAAAAUUGGUGAAGUGAAAUGAAAAAAAUAUCUUCUUUAAAAAAAAUCAAAAAAAUUAAGAAUGGAAAAGUGGUGCGUGCAUAUGUAUUCACCCCCUUUGCUAUGAAGCCCCUAAAUAAUAUCUGGUGCAACCAAUUACCUUCAGAAGUCACAUAAUUAGUUAAAUAAAGUCCACCUGUGUGCAAUCUAAGUGUCACAUGAUCUCAGUAUAUAUACACCUGUUCUGAAAGGCCCCAGAGUCUGCAACACCACUAAGCAAGGGGCACCACCAAGCAAGCGGCACCAUGAAGACCAAUGAGCUCUCCAAACAGGUCAGGGACAAAGUUGUGGAGAAGUACAGAUCAGGGUUGGGUUAUAAAUAAAUAUAUGAAACUUUGAACAUCCCACAGAGCACCAUUAAAUCCAUUAUAAAAAAAUUGAAAGAAUAUGGCACCACAACAAACCUGCCAAGAGAGGGCCACCCACCAAAACUCACGGACCAGGCAAGGCGGGCAUUAAUCAGAGGCAACAAAGAGAACAAAGAUAACCCUGAAGGAGCUGCAAAGCUCCACAGCGGAGAUUGGAGUAUCUGUCCAUAGGACCACUUUAAGCCGUACACUCCACAGAGCUGGGCUUUACAGAAGAGUGGCCAGAAAAAAGCCAAUGCUUAAAGUUUGGUGUUCGCCGAAAGGCAUGUGGGAGACUCCCCAAACAUAUGGAAGAAAGUCUGGUCAGAUGAGACUAAAAUGUAGCUUUUUGGCCAUCAAGGAAAACACUAUGUCUGGCGCAAACCCAACACCUCUCAUCACCCCGAGAACACCAUCCCCACAGUGAAGCACGAUGGUGGCAGCAUCAUGCUGUGGGGAUGUUUUUCAUCGGCAGGGACUGGGAAACUGGUCAGAAUUGAAGAAAUGAUCGAUGGCGCUAAAUACAGGGAAAUUCUUGAGGGAAACCUGUUUCAGUCUUCCAGAGAUUUGAGACUGGGACGGAGGUUCACCUUCCAGCAGGACAAUGACCCUAAGCAUACUGCUAAAGCAACACUUGAGCGGUUUAAGGGGAAACAUUUAAAUGUCUUGGAAUGGCCUAGUCAAAGCCAGACCUCAAUCCAAUUGAGAAUCUGUGGUAUGACUUAAAGAUUGCUGUACACCAGCGGAACCCAUCCAACUUGAAGGAGCUGGAGCAGUUUUGCCUUGAAAAAUGGGCAACAAUCCCAGUGGCUAGAUGUGCCAAGCUUAUAGAGACAUACCCCAAGAGACUUGCAGCUGUAAUUGCUGCAAAAGGUUGCUCUACAAAGUAUUGACUUUGGGGGGGGUGAAUAGUUAUGCACGCUCAAGUUUUCUUGUUUGUUUCACAAGAUAAACUAUUUUGCAUCUUCAAAGGGGUAGGCCUGUUGUGUAAAUCAAAUGUUACAAACCCCCCAAAAAUCAAUUUUAAUUCCAGGUUGUAAGGCAACAAAAUAGGAAAAAUGCCAGGGGGGGUGAAUACUUUCGCAAGCCACUGUACGACCAGGCUGUACGGUAACGUAGGUAGCAGAUAUCACUGGAGGCAGACACACACACACCUGGGACAUUUUCAGUAAGAAACGAUGUGGAACGUUGCAGAUAGAAAUGCCAUGACUAGAGCUGACGUGAUUCCUUAUUCUAUAUACCAAAGAGGUAUGUUUGUUCUACAUCAUACAUUUAUAUCUGAACGUUGGCCAACGUUGUGUCCUGCUGAAUGCGGCCCUGGUAUUGACCUUUCUUUCCUCUCUCAGGUGAAUGACCGUCCCUCCCAGGCCUCUACCCAUGGUAACCUGGCUGUAGCCUAUCAGGCGCUGGGCGCUCACGACCAGGCUCUCCAGCACUACCUGCACCACCUGACCAUCGCACGCGAGCUACGAGACACGCAGAGCAUGGCCAGGGCACUAGGUAACGGCUGGACAGGGGGACAAAGUAAUUCAAAAAAAUAUUAAAUAUACUUUAUUGAUUCCUAUAGGUAAAGUGUGUGUGUGUGUGUGUGUGUGUGUGUGUGUGUGUGUGUGUGUGUGUGUGUGUGUGUGUGUGUGUGUGUGUGUGUGUGUGUGUGUGUGUGUAUAGGUAACCUGGGUAACUUCCACUGCUGUAGAGGGGAGUAUGUCCAGGCAGUUCCAUACUACCAGCAGUACCUGACCCUGUCACCUCAGCUACAGGACCUGGAGGGAGAGGGCAAGGUCUGCCACAACCUGGCCUACACACACUACUGCCUGGGACAGUACAGGGAGGCCGUCAGGUAGGACACAUUCUUCAUACAUCUGUAUGUAUAAUAAUAACUCAUAAAGAUUGUCCCAACCUCUCCAAAUAAAUACAGAAAGGUCUCAACAUUGUGAAGAAAAUUAGCCACACACUGUUAGCCAUUUUCUUAUUUUUUCCAUACAGGUAUUAUGAGCAGGACCUGGCCCUGGCUAAAGACCUGGGUGAUAAGUUGUCCCAGGCUAAAGCCUACUGUAACCUGGGUCUGGCCUACAAAGCCCUGAGGGAAUAUAGCAAGGCUGAGGACUGUCAGAGAUACCUGCUGUCCCUGGCUCAGGCUCUGAACAACACACAGGUAGAGAUAGUAAUUAACACAACUGUGAAUGGAGGAAUGGGUCAGAAGGGGGUCUGCGUGUGUGUUGGGGGGGAGUUGACGGGGAUGGUGAGAUUCUACAUUAAAACUCUGUGUGUGUGUGUCCAGGCGGUGUUCCGUGCCCUGGGGAACUUGGGGGAUGUGUGUGUGUGUCGGGGUGAUAUGGCCGGGGCAGUGAGGUUCUACCAGCAGCAGCUCACCCUGGCUCAGGAGGUGAAAGGUCACAAGAUGGAGGCUGACGCCUACUCAGCGCUAGGCUCCGCCCACAGGUUGGCUUCUAGUCCAGUUAGCAUCUUAAAAAAGUUGAAUUUAUUAACUUCUCAUAUGUUUUAGGUUAAUAUUGACUGGGAAGUAAUAGUAAUGUCCUCCCCCAGACUCCUCUGUCAGUACGACCUGGCCCUGUCCUUCCACCAGCAGGAGCUGUCUGCCCGCACUGCUCUAGACGACCAGCGGGGGCAGUGUGGUGCUCUGGGCCGCCUGGCAGCCGUCCACAUGGCCCUGACGGACUACCCCACAGCCUUCCAGUGUUACCAGGCCCAGCUCACCCUGGCACAGGACCUCAGAGAUGCCUGCGUGGAGGCACAGGUCCAGGGCAACAUGGGCAUCGCCAAAAUGAACAUGGGCGUCCUGGAGGAGGCCAUUGGGUAUUUUGAGCAGCAGUUGGCCAUGUUGGAGCAGCUGAGUGGGGCUGAGUGUGUGCUGGACAGAGGCAGGGCCUACGGGAACCUAGCAGACUGUUAUGACUCUCUGGGAGACUUUGAGGAAGCUAUAAAGUACUGUGAGAUGUUUCUGACUGUGGCUCAGAGUCUCAACCAUGUUCAGGACCAGGAGAGAGCCUACAGGGGACUGGGCAACGCACACAGGUAAAAGACACAGACACACACACUCUUUCUCACUCUCUCUGUCUGUCUGUCGCUUCCUCUUUAUCUCUCUCUAUUCUUUCUCUUUUAACCCCCCUCUCCUUUUCUCUCUCAAUCUUUUCCUCUCUUUUUCUCUUUCUUUCUUUCUUUAUUUCUUUCUUUCUUUCUUUCUUUCUUUCUUUCUUUCUUUCUUUCUUUCUUUCUUUCUCUCUUUCUUUCUCUCUCUCUCUCUCUCUCUCUCUCUCUCUCUCUCUCUCUCUCUCUCUCUCUCUCUCUCUCUCUCUCUCUCUCUCUCUCUCUGCUGGUCCCUGGUGAGGGAAGGACUGGGUAAUGAAAUAAUAAGUAAUGUACUUAAACUAAUAAAAGCCACAGCUUGAUGUUAGUUUGCAGACACAGCCUCUUUUACAUUCCAUCACCCAAAGCUGUACACAUUUAUUUUCAUCUCAUACUAGCAAAAUUAACAUGUCCUGAAGUUAUUGCCUAAUUGGUUUUCUUGUUAGCUUUCUUAAGUUGCUCAUAUAGCUCUGUGAAAAACUAGAAACCUUUGCUGUUUUGAGAUACUGAGUGGAGUGUUUUAUGGUGUGACUUAUGUGUACUUUGUGUACUUAACAUGAAAUGCAUUUAUGUAAAUGAUUGGUAGGGUUCGUUCUGAGUGCAUUAGUGACUCAUCUGCAUCUGUACCUACAUUAGCAACUCUAAAGAGAGAAAUAGGGGUAAACAAAAAUAACUCCUUCCUUCCUGCUCUCCUGUCAGAUCUCUAGGUAGUCUCCAGCAGGCGUUGGUGUGUUUUGAGAAGCGUCUGGUGGUGGCCCAUGAGCUGGGUGGAUUGGGAGGUGGGGAGGGAGGAAGUGGAGGAACGAAGGCCCAGGCCCAGGCAUAUGGGGAGCUGGGAGACCUACACAGCCAGCUGGGGAACUAUGAACAAGCCAUAUCCUGCCUGGAGCAUCAGCUCAACAUCGCCUGCACCGCAGGGGUAAGACUUCUACCUCUCGAAUGAAUGAAUGACUGAUGGGAUGGAGGUAGGAAUAAAGACCUGUAGUGGAGGUGGCAGGUAGCAUUGUUGCUAUAUAAACACUGAGUGUACAAAACAUUAUGAACACCUUCCUAAUAUUGAGUUGCACCCCCUUUUGCCCUCAGAACAGCCUCAAUUCGUCGGGGCAUAGACUCUACAAGGUGUCGAAAGCGUUCCACAGGGAUGCUGGCCCAUGUUGACUCCAAUGCUUCCCACAGUUGUGUCAAGUUGGCUGGAUGUCCUUUGGGUGGUGGACCAUUCUUGAUACACACUAGAAACUGUUGAGCGUGAAAAACUCAGCAGCGUUGCAGUUCUUGACACACUCAAACCGGUGCGCCUGGCACCUACUACCAACCCUGUUCAAGGGAACUUGCCCAUUCACCCUCUGAAUGGCACACAUACACAAUCCAUGUCUCAAUUGUCUCAAGGCUUAAAAAUCAUUCUUUAAUCUGUCUCCUCCCCUUCAUCUACACUGGUUGAAGUGGAUUUAACAAGUGACAUCAAUAAGGGAUCGUAGCUUUCACCUGGAUUCACCUGGUCAGUCUAUGUCAUGGAAAGAGCAGGUGCUCCUAAUGAUAUACAGUGGCGAUUUUAGCAUGUAAAUCUUGGUGGGGCAAACCAAAAAGAAUUGGGGGGAUGCAUGCCAGCAAAGCCACUACACAACACAACACUAAACAAUACAUCCAUUGCACUAUAACGGUGACAAAAGGUGCCCACAAACUGUUAGGGCCUACACAAAGCUGUGCCAACAGCAGAGCUUUCUUUUCAGGACCAUGGAGUGAAUCCUUACCACCGCUACACUUGGCUAUCAGCGGAGCCUUGUCUGGCAGCGAAACAGUUCAUUCAGCCUCAUUUACUGCCUUUUUAAAAAACAUACAGUACCAGUCAAAGGUUUGGACACACCUACUCAUUCAAGGGUUUUCUUUAUUUUUUCUAUUUUCUACAUUGUAGAAUAAUAGUGAAGACAUCAAAACUAUGAAAUAACACAUAUGGAAUCAUGUAGUAACCAAAAAAGUGUUAAACAAAUCAAAAUAUAUUUUAGAUUUUACAUUCUUCAAAGUAGCCUUGAUGACAGCUUUGCACACUCUUUACAUUAUUUCAACCAGCUUCAUGAGGAAUGCUUUUCCAACGGUCUUGAAGGAGUUCCCACACAUGCUGAGCACUUGUUGGCUGCUUUUCCUUCACUCAAACCAUCUCAAUUGAGGUUGGGUGAUUGUGGAGUCCAGGUCAUCUGAUGUAGCACUCCAUCACUCUCCUUCUUGGUCAAAUAGCCCUUACCAGCCUGGAGGUGUGUUUUGGGUCAUUGUCCUGGUGAAAAACAAAUGAUAGUCCCACUAAGCGCAAACCAGAUGGGAUAGCGUAUCGCUGCAGAAUGCUGUGGUAACCAUGCUGGUUAAGUGUGCCUUGAGUUCUAAAUAAACACUGACAGUGUCACCAGCAAAGCACCCCCACACCAUCACACCUCCUCCUCCAUGCUUCACGGUGGGAACUACACAUGCGGAGAUCAUCUGUUCACCUACUCUGCGUCUCACAAAGACACGGCAGUUGGAACCAAAAAUCUCCAAUUUGGACUCAUCAGACCAAAGGACAGAUUUCCACCGGUCUAAUGUCCAUUGCUCGUGUUUCUUGGCCCAAGCAAGUCUCUUCUUCUUAUUGGUGUCAUUUAGUAGUGGUUUCUUUGCAGCAAUUCGACCAUGAAGGCAUGAUUCACGCAGUCUCCUCUGAACAGUUGAUGUUGAGAUGUGUCUAUUACUUGAAUUUUGUGAAGCAUUUAUUUGGGCUGCAAUUUCUGAGGCUGGUAACUGUAAUGAGCUUAUCCUCUGCAGCAGAGGUAACUCUGGGUCUUCCAUUCCUGUGACGGUCCUCAUGAGAGCCAGUUUCAUCAUAGUGCUUGAUGGUUUUUGCGAUUGCACUUGAAGAAACUUUCAAAGUUCUUGAAAUGUUCCGUAUUGACUGACCGUCAUGUCUUAAUGUAAUGAUGAACUGUCGUUUCUCUUUGCUUUUUUGAGCUGUUCUUGCCAUUAUAUGGACUUGGUCUUUUACCAAACCAGGUGACUACCUCAUGAAGCUGGUUGAGAGAAUGCCAAGGGUGUGCAAAGCUGUCAUUAAGGCAAAGGGUGGCUAUUUGAAGAAUAUAAAAUAUAAAAUAUAUGUAUGUAUGUAUGUAUGUAUAUAUAUAUGUGUGUGUGUUUAUAAAUCUGUUAUAGAUAUGUUAUAAAUCUGUUAUAGAUGUGUUAUAAAUCUAUAUGCUAUAACUAUAAUAUAUAAUAUAAUAUAUUAUGUUCUAAACCUGUUCCUCCCAGGACCGAGCAUUAGAGGGCGAAGCAAGCGGGGCGCUGGGUGGAGUGUACCAGCUGAUGGGAGAGAACGAGACAGCUCUACAGGUUGGUGCUGUUCUUUUAAUGGUGUUAUUAUAUUCCCCAUGCAGUGGUCCAUUGUUUGUCUGUCUGUGUCCAUUUGUCCAUCCAUCCAUCUCUCUCUCUCUCUCCAGUGGCACCAGAGGGCAUUAGAGAUUGCGGAGGAAACAGGAAGUGUGAGGAGUCAGGGGAGGGCCUACGGGAACCUGGGACUGACCUAUGAGGCGCUGGGAAACUACGAAAGGGCCGUGGCCUGUCAGGUGAACACACACACUCUAUGGUCACAGAUUAUCCAUUAUAUUGACCAGAUACUCUAACAAUGAAAAUAAAUGUCU